GCCGUAAUCAAACCAGAAACCACUGCAAAGCAACAUUCUAGAAAGAAACACAGGUAUAUCAAAUCAAAUAAAGCAGAGAUCGCCUCUAUAAUGACCUAGGGCAACUACAAAUAACCAAGAGACUUGACAAGUCAUGACCGGCAUCAUUUAGCAACAGCUCCUGCAGCAUUCCAUCCCCUCACCACCUCGAUGAUUCACUCGCCCCCAAGGUGUGCAUAAUCCGGUGUAUACUAACGCCUCCUCUCUUUCCUUUUCUUAUCCAAUCUAUAUACUCCUUGCCCUGAAGUGAAAUGGCCCCCUCAAAGAAGAGAUCCUCCCCCGGGACCCCGAGGAAGCACAUCAACGCCCGCAAAAUCACAAAGACCUCUCGAUCCCCCACCUCCAUCCUCGCCCAAGCACGCAAGAACAAUCUCAUCAAAGCACUAGGAACCAGCACAACAGGCCAAUCCAAGAGCCAAGAUCGGCAAGCGAAGAAAUACUCAAAAUACAAGCGCGGCGUCCUCCCGGUUUCGCAUAAGCUAUUUGAGCAGAAUUGUUUUGAAAGGGAGCCAUUGCCGUCAGGCUAUGUGUUCGUGCCCAAGGGCGAUGUCUACGUCACGAGACACUGUCGGAGUAAGACGAGGGAGGCGAGGAGGGUGGUUUAUUUAGUUUAUAAUAAUGCCGCAAAACGAACCCUUGGCCUCCGCGUCCCCGCCGACAUUUACUCCUCCGUCCUCCACUCCGCCGCUGCAACCGCCUCCUCGCGCGCAAACACCGUGCACGCCCGCGAUGCGAAAGAUACCUCGCGAUUUAAAGAACUCCUCCGCUCACAGUUCCCAUUAAUGCCGGCAGACUCACUAGAAACCAUCAUCAAUCAUGCGUUCCUGAAGGGGUCUGGCCGUGUUGGGCGGACAGGGAUGAAGUCCGAUGAACAUAAGGCGGAUUUGGCUGUGGAAGCACAUAUAAGACAUAUACAUACGCCAUAUGAGGAGUUUCUGAAUGCGGGUGCUGACCGGAGGGAGGCGAGGGAGGCAGUUUGGGAGACGGUGAAGGCUAUUAAGAUGGCUUGGGAGGGGGGCGGGAGGGAGGUGACGCCGCUUACUCUGCGAGGGAGGACGGACUCUGAUAUGGAUUUGGAAAUUAUUGAGGUGGAGGACUAA